AUGGCGACAGUUAUCCAACUCAUCAUCAGCACUCUAGCUGCAAUUGGUUUCCUUAAAACUUUCCUGGGCUUGACCGUUACUACAUUUCUAGCGACGGCUGUAUACAGAGUUACGCUCCACCCGCUUGCAAACAUCCCUGGUCCUCGCCUCUGGGCAAUAACCCGUCUUCCCUAUUUCUACAACCUCGCAAUCGGACGCCUCCACUUUCGAAUACAUGAACUCCACGAACAAUAUGGUCUGGUUGUUCGCGUCGCGCCUGGAGAAAUAACUCUCAUCACCGAGUCUUCAUGGUCUGACAUCUACCUGAAGCCUCCGGGAAAGCCAGAAUUUCGGAAGGAGCUUGCACAGCAUAGCCUAGCCAUUCCAGGUUUGGUUCUCGAAGGUGAUGAUUUACAUCAUAGCCGCAAACGAAAAAACUUUGGAAGCGGCUUUACGGAACCUGCAAUGCGACAGCAGGAGCCUACUGUUAUCAAAUACAUUGACCAGUUUAUUUUCUGUCUUCGUGAGAGAAGUAGCAAGGCUAUUGAACUCAAUGAGUGGUACUCUUUCCUUGUUUUCGAUAUCAUGGGAGAUAUUAUAUUUGGCGAAUCUUUCGAUAGCUUAGAGACGGGUCAGACUAGCGAAUGGGCCAAAAGUACAUUCUCGUACGCUGCCAAUCUCAUUAUCGGUGGCGUUGUGCAAAAGCUUUGGCCUUUCCAUAAGAUACUAGGAUACAUGGUCCCCCCUUCCGUGAGGAGAGGUGCCGAUGCCCAUGAAGAAUGCACCAAGGUAAAACUUGACCGACGACUGGCAAAAUCCAAUCCCAAACCCGACAUGAUCACUCCUUUGCUAGAAACUCUAAACACACCAUCGGGAGUGACCUACACAGAACUUCGCAAGGCAAUCAUUGACAUAAUCAUCGGAGCCACCGACACAAUUACUUUAGCCUUAGGCGCAAUGGUAUACUUCUUGUCGCACAACCAAGAUGUGUUCACCCGACUGACCUACGAAAUUCGUAUGACUUUCUCGACAAGUGCUGAUAUCACCAAUGACCAUGUCAAGCAACUGCCUUACCUCAAUGCCGCAAUCACAGAAAUGCUUCGCCUCUCCCCCCCUAUUCCAGGAUUCUUGCGCCGCAUCGUCCCUCCCGCGGGCUGCUUCAUUGGCGGCUCUUACGUUCCCCGCAAUACAAUCGUCAGCUAUGAUCUAUGGGCAGGAGGGCACUCCGCAGAAAACUUCUUCCGACCUAACGAGUUCUUGCCCGAACGGUAUCUUGCCAACCCUCCCGAUGAAUUCAAGAAUGAUAAGCGAAAGGGGUACCAACCUUUUUCGUUUGGGCCGCGAAACUGUAUUGGCAAGAACUUGGCGCUCUUGGAGGUACGGUUGAUUAUUUCCAAGUUGCUUUGGGAAUUCAACUUGGAAUUACAGGAAGAGAGUCGAGACUGGAUACAGCACGGUGCAUUUGACCGACCACCACUUAUGGUCAAGCUUACUUCUGUUCGCAAAUAG